AUGUCGCACGCCCAUAAAUCGGCCAAGGGCGCUGCUGGCGGGGAGAAGGGAAGGGGAGCUUCAAAGGGGAAGAGGGGAGCGGGAGCGGGCGCAAAGAAGCCCGAGGAUGACAGAGAGGAGUCGUUGCAGGCGGUGGUGCUUGCAGACUUCGAGGGCCACUUCAGCCCCUUCUCACAGGAGAAGCCGAAAUGCCUCCUCCCUUUAGCAAACACCCCCCUCUUAGAAUACACCCUCGAGUUCCUGGCCAUGUCCGGCGUGGCCGACAUAUACAUCUACUGCGGCGCUCAUAGUGCCGAAAUAGAAAAGUACAUACAGGCCUCCAAAUGGUACCCUCCCUUGUCCCCGGCGUCACCCUUCAAGUCCCUCGAGCUCGUCAAGAGCACUGCUCGGUCCGUCGGCGAUGCGUUGCGCGACCUGGAUGCGCGGGACCUGAUCACCAGGGAUUUCCUGCUUGUCCAUGGGGAUCUGGUCUCGAAUCUGCCCAUAGAUGCGGCAUUGGCCGCGCAUCGCGCGAGGAGGAUCGCGGACAAGAAUGCGAUCAUGACGAUGAUACUGCGAACCGCCGGGCUGGGGCAGCACCGGACGAAAUCGGGAGGGGUCACUCCAGUCUUCGUCUGUGAUCCGACGAAGAAUCGGUGUCUACAUUACGAGGAGAUGCAUGCCCUACAAGCAAACAAGUAUCUCAACAUCGAUCCAGACCUCCUGUCCGACCAUGCUGAGAUGGAAAUCCGCACCGAUUUGAUCGAUUGUGGCAUCGAUAUCUGCACCCCUGAUGUGCUAGCCCUGUGGGCGGAGUCCUUCGAUUACGAGGUUCCCAGGCGGCAUUUCCUGCAUGGUGUGUUGAAGGAUUACGAGUUAAACGGCAAGACGAUACAUACCGAGAUCGUGGAGGAACAUUACGCGGCCCGCGCCUUCAAUCUGCAGUCAUACGAGGCCAUCAGCAAAGAUGUGCUUGGGAGGUGGACAUACCCCCUCGUCCCAGAUAGCAAUCUUAUCUCGGGCCAAAGCUACAAGUUUGAACGAGGUGGCCUGUGCAAAGAAAACGGAGUGAUGCUAGCGAGGACAUGCAAAGCCGGAAAGAGGACGGUGCUUGGUCGGGAUACCAGUAUUGGCGAUGGGUCAACGUUGACGAACAGCAUCGUAGGACGGAGAUGCAUCAUUGGAAAGAACGUUACCAUCCGGGACGCGUACAUUUGGGAUGAUGUGGUUAUUGGUGAUGGAACCACUGUCCAUAGAGCCAUCAUUGCCCAUGAAGCUGUUAUCGGCAGCCAAUGCAAAAUCAAUCCAGCAACACUGAUAUCGUACGGGGUCAGAAUAUCAGACAACACGGAAGUCAAAGAAAAAUCCCGAAUUACACGAGCAAAGCGAAUAGAGGACGACGUGGAAGAGGUUGUCCCCUCGGACCCAGAAAUAGUCGGCGAGGGAGGCAAAGGCUAUCUCUUCCACGAGGAUGACGAGGACGAGGAUGAAUCCAACGAAUCGUUCAUAUACUCGACUGCCCACCUGAAUAUCUCGUCCGAGUCAAUAUCAACCAUCACAUCAUCCAUAUCCAUCGGAUCUCCCACCACCUCCCGCUCCCGCCUCUCCAGCUUCGCAGGCUCCAUUUCCGACGACGGCGAGGCCGGCUCCUCAAAUGAGAAUUUCCACCACGACGCUGUAUCCGGCCUACUCGACACCCUGAAAGAAAACGGGGAUUUCGACUCCGCCAAGCUCGAGUUCAUGGGUCUAAGACUCAGCAACGAUGCAACGGACCACCAAAUCCGCCGCGCCAUCGCCGUCGCCUUCACGAAGCGCAUCGCGCAACUCGUCGAGCAGGAAAAGUUAGAGCCUAGCAAAGCAGCCGCCUCGGCAUUUGGGACGAGCGGCGCCGAGAACUUCCUCAAGACCGUCGCCGUGGGUGCGGGCAAGGAGGAGGAUCAGAUUGAUUUCAUCCAUUGUUUGCAGAAGGACCUUGUACACAGGAACCAAGGGGCGAUGAUCCUUGCUGCUGUAUGUCAAAGGCUGUAUCAGAUGGAUGUCUUGGAGGAGGACGCGUUCCUGAGGUGGUGGGAGGAGUGCGAGAUGCUGGCUGAGGGGGAAGCUGAGGAGAUGGCUAGAGUUAGGACGAAGACCAAGGUGUUUAUUGAUUGGUUGAGGGAGGCCGAAUCGGAGAGUGGUAGUGAGGAGGACGACGAGAGUGAGGAUGAGAGUGAUUAG